GGACUGUACCACAGGCUGUGUGUUUGUGUGUGUGAGGUAGGGAUUGUACCACAGACUGUGUGUUUGUGUUGGGCAGGAAUUUACCACAGGCUGCAUGAUGUGUGUGAGAUAGACUGUACCACAGGCUGUGAGCUGGUCUGAGGGUAAAGACUGUACCACAGGGUGUGUGUGUGUGUGUGUGUGAAUAGGGACUGUACCACAGCCUGUGGGGUGUAUGUUUGAGUGUGAAGUAGGGCCUGUACCACAAGCUGCGUGUAUUGUGUCUGGCAGGAAUUUACCACAGGCUGUGAGUCUGGGUAGGAUAAGCACUUACCACAGGCUUUAUGUGUGGCAGGGACUGUAGCACAUGCUUUGUGUAUGUUUGUGUGAGGCAGGGACUGUAGCACCUUUAGGUUGUGUGUUUGGGUGGGAUAGGGACUAGACCACAGGCUGUGUGUGUGAGGUGAUGAUUGUCAUUGGCUGUGUGUUUGUGUGGUGUAGAUACUGUAUAAAAACUGUGUGCACUAGGGUAGAGCCAUAGGCUGUGUGUGGGGUUAGGACUGCACCAAAGUCCUUUUGUAUGGGACGGAUAGGGGGGGUGGAACAGAAAAUAGCAUUUUGGUGUGGCCUUCCAGGGUUGGAGUUUUAGCAGAAGGGGCCUCUGGCAAUGCAGGAAGACUGGAGGCCUAUGUGACGGGGAGGGCACACAAGGCAGACACUACCUCCCCCAAAGGAGCUGACUCUUGCUGAUCAAGGCAUCUAUGUCCCUGGGUCUAACAGACUAUAAAGGCAGCACAGUGAGUCAGAAAGGGUCGACAAGAAUGACAACCUGCCCUAAGCAGAGGUCUCGUGUGAAAAGAGUGAAUUCAGCUAUCCGUAUCUCCCCUAUAGUCUCCGACUGAGGACACUGCAGACAAAGGAUAUAACCACAGACGUCCAUGCUGCAGCCCAUCUUGCUCGUGAACUCGGCUUCGGUACUUCUGCUGUAGAAAGGCUGUGUUUCCCAGAAGAUGAAGGUUGAAGACUGCAUGGACAUAAAGAUAGGUUCCUGAGAUUUGAGAAGUAGACAAUAAGCUGUUAUCUUGCAGAUGCUGAAGACAGCUGUGAAGGUAUCCAAAGCAACCAAUCGGAACUUUGCUUUCACUUUCUAAUCUGAAGACUAUCGACAGAUCAGCCCAUCCAUGGCAACAGGAGUAGAAAGAAAAGAGCGCAUGUAAGAGUGAGUCACCGUGGUUUCUACCUUCAAGAUUCUCUCGCUUGUCACUGUGGGCAGCACCGAGGGGGUGAAAAGAUCCAAUCAGAGGCGACAAAGUUCUCAUAUUCUACAGGGACUCUGAGUGACAGUCAUUGGGGACGGGCAGGCUAAGCGAGUGAGCCACGCAGAAAUAGAGACCUCAUACAGGAACGGGACUGAAAUAGAGAGAGGCUGAGUGGCAGGAGUAGAGUUAUAGGGUCACUGAUAGGGUCACAAAUAAGGUAGUAGGGGCUAAAGGGAAAGCCGUCGGAUACCAAGUAAGAAAGUUUUAGUAACUAGAGUAGCAUAGGAGUAAGGGGCAGAACAAGACACAGACAAGGUAUCAAGGUGCGGAGCAUAAAGUGAGCGGGUAUAGUGUGACGGAGCAGGGACAGCUGAAUGAAAGGUGGGCACAAAGACUGAGUGACAAGUGCCACAGUGAUGGGGAGAAAGUGACAGGUGCAGAGAGGAGGAGGAGGGGUUGAUUCCAACCCCCCCCAAAACACACGUGACCCCAAGUGACACCCACCUUGCGUAGCACUGAGAGUUCCAGCCGAGCAAUAGCUCUGGGUUUGUUUCAUGGGUGCAGCGGAGUGCUACCUGCAGAGCAGUUUGAGAAUGCACCGAGGAACUCGCCCGCCUACAGUGGCCCCCAUGGAAAGUGCAGGGGAGCUGCGGAACGCAUUAAGGCUGCCCAGCGCAGUCAGGCUGCAGAUUGCAGACAUGCAGAGCAUCCUCAAGAUGCAGAGCAAAAUGGCAAUGCAGAACACAAAGGAUGUGCAGAGCGCAGUGGAGCUGCAUGGCGGAACAGAAACACAAAACAGAGCAGAUUUGCAUCGUCCCAUUAGUAAGAACAACACCGCGGAGAUGCACAAUGGGGCAAUGCAGAGCAGAGAAGAGUUGCAGAGCAGAGCAGAUGGGGAGAGCCUGCCUACAGAACCCCACAAGUACUGCCAGUCCAACUCAGGAGAGGACAACCUGAACCCCACUUUCCCAUUCCCCCCCAGGAUCCGCCUCUUGCCCACCAGCAGCUGCUCCUACAACCAGGAAUACCCACCAGAAGGGGCAGAACCCGUUAAUUACUCUUACCCAUCGUCCCUACAGCAGAUACUGCCCACCACUAACCCCAGUAGUGCCCCCGAGUGUCAGCGAUCAGGCAAAAUCCAGAUCACCCUCACUAACUACUCGCUAUGGGACAAGUUUCACAAGCACCAGACCGAAAUGAUCAUCACCAAGCAGGGGAGACGUAUGUUUCCGUUCCUUUCUUUCCGCGUGAUGGGCCUCGACCCCGUAGCUCAAUACAAUCUGCACGUUGAUGUGGUGUUGGCCGAUCAGAAUCACUGGAGAUACCAGGGAGGAAAAUGGAUCCAGUGUGGGAAAGCGGAGGGCAACAUGCCAGGUAACCGGAGCUACCAACACCCCGACUCCCCAAACACAGGCGCCCACUGGAUGCGACAGGAGGUGACCUUCAGCAAACUCAAGCUCACCAACAACAAGGGGGCGUCCAAUAACGUGUCACAGAUGGUGGUCCUUCAGUCCCUGCACAAGUACCAGCCACGGUUUCAUGUGACGUGCGUAGAGGACCCUGGGGGUCCAGAAAGCCAAAGUCACUCGUUUAUCUUCCCGGAAACCCAGUUUAUUGCUGUAACAGCCUAUCAAAAUGCAGAUAUCACGCAGUUGAAGAUCGAUCAUAAUCCAUUCGCCAAAGGAUUUCGAGAUCACUGUGACCUGAUGUGCAUUACACCUAGUGGUGAGCGUGUGACCCCAUCUUCACCCAUCCGUUAUUCAAACUUCCUGCAAGAACCUUUGCCUUCUGGCCGCCUGUAUUCUGUGGAACAAAAAGAGCCCCCAUCAUGGUACCUUUCAUCACAGAACAUUGCUCCGCAGCUUGAGUAUGCCUCCUAUGAGCCUGCAGGCAAGAUGGCAGCGCCAUAUGCCAUGAAAUGUUACCCUCAGCCAUCGCCCUUGAGUUAUUAUCCUGAGCACACACUGGCAUCAGCAUGGGCUGGGCCUGCUCAGUAUCACCCCAAACCCAGUCCUGCACCUCUAGGCUGGCUCCGCCCACUGUUGGAGGUGCAAAAGAAGGAGGAAGAAUCUUGUUUUUGGGGAGAUCCCACAACUUAUACUGGAUAUGAAGACAGCAAACGAAGGAGAUUAUCACCCUAUAGCUCUGAUGGUUCUCCACAAAUGACUGAAAGGGACAUAGAUAUGGCUUAUUGCAGUUUCUACGGCCAAUGACCCAACUGGGUGUCUCAGUGACAAAAGCUAAGAGAGCCUUGCACUGCCCAAAGGCAUCGAGCAGGAAGGGCACUGGUGCUAGUUGAACUGCUGUGGGACCACUGAUAUUUUAUGCCUAAAACCACUGCUUGGUAUGAAACAGUGACUCCCGAGACUGCAAGAGACUGCCAAAGAAUCAAGGAGAAAGCAGACAGUGAGAUCUCAGGGAAAGGCCACUGCUGCUAAACCAGGGAGAGGUACUGCCUCUGAUCCACAGGACUCCAAACCUGUCCCUGUAAAUAGAAUAGCUAUCUGUGCCUUAAGAAAACGCAUUAAUAAAACCUUCAUCAAAUCAA